AUGAUUCUCUAUCUCUCUCUCACUAUAUUUCUAUCUAUCUAUCUAUCGCAUUCUGCCUUUCUCUCUCACUAUAUUUCUAUCUAUCUAUCGCAUUCUGCCUAUCCCUCUCACUAUAUUUCUAUCUAUCUAUCUAUCUAUCGCAUUCUGCCUAUCCCUCUCACUAUAUUUCUAUCUAUCUAUCUAUCGCAUUCUGCCUAUCUCUCUCACUAUAUUUCUAUCUAUCUAUCGCAUUCUGCCUAUCCCUCUCACUAUAUUUCUAUCUAUCUAUCUAUCGCAUUCUGCCUAUCUCUCUCACUAUAUUUCUAUCUAUCUAUCGCAUUCUGCCUAUCUCUCUCACUAUAUUUCUAUCUAUCUAUCUAUCUCUCUCACUAUCUAUCUCAUUCUGCUUAUAUCUCUCUCUCUCUCACUAUCUAUCUAUCUAUCUAUCUCAUUCUGCUUAUAUCUAUCUCUCUCACUAGGUUUCUAUCUAUCUAUCUAUCUAUCUAUCUUAUUCUGCUUAUAUCUCUCUCUCUCACUAUGUUUCCAUCUAUCUCAUUCUGCUUAUAUCUAUCUCUCUCACUAUCUAUCUAUCUCUUUCACUAUCUAUCACAUUCUGCUUAUAUCUCUCCUUCUCACUAUGUUUCUAUCUAUCUAUCUAUCUAUCUCAUUCUGCCUAUCUCUCUCUCAUUAUAUUUCUAUCUAUCUAUCUAUCUAUCUAUCUAUCUCAUUCUGCUUAUAUCUCUCUCUCUCACUAUCUAUCUAUCUAUCUCAUUCUGCUUAUAUCUCUCUCUCACUAUCUAUCUAUCUCAUUCUGCUUAUACCCCUCUCUCACUAUCUAUCUAUCUAUCUCAUUCUGCUUAUAUCUCUCUCUCACUAUCUAUCUAUCUAUCUCAUUCAGCUUAUAUCUCUCUCUCUCACUAUCUAUCUAUCUAUCUAUCUAUCUAUCUCAUUCUGCUUAUAUCUCUCUCUCUCACUAUCUAUCUAUCUAUCUAUCAGUAG